AUGGCCCCGCCGCAAAGUCAACAGCAGCAGCAGGAGCAGCGGCAGGAGCAGCAGGAGGAGGAGGAGCAGGGGGAGCAGCAGCGGAAGCGGGAUCAAGCGCAGCAACGGGAGCAGCAGCAAGAGCGGCAAGAUCUGGAGCAGGGACAGCAGGCGGAGGUGGGGCCGCCAGACACCGAGAUGGGAGAUGAUUUGCAUGAGACGGGCGCGCAGCACCGCAAUGACAACGGAGGCAACGCUGAUGCCACAGCUGCAGGCGGCAGCGGCAGCGAGGAGGGGGACGAAGACCCCGCGCCGGCCGGUCUGCAGAGCAGCGGAGGUGCACGAUCGCGCCCGGCAGUCCAGCCGCUGGCGUCCUUCGCGCCCCGCGGCGGCCAGGAUUGCGACGGAGGCGAGCCGCCGUCUCAAUAUCAGGGUCAGGCACAGCAGGCCAGCGGCCGGGGAAGGCAGCGAGGCGGCAGCCCUCCCAUGGGGACGCGCUGCGAAGACGGCGGCGACGACGACGACGUGAUCGAAAUCAGCGACGACGACGGCAGCGGGCGGCGGCCGGGCAGCAAGCGGCGGAAGGGCUUGGCCGGCGCCGCAGCUGGUGAGGCGGAGCGGCAGGAGGGCGGCGAGGACGAGGCGGGAGAGGAGGACGAGCAGCAGCGGCAGCAGCAGUCGGGUGGAGCAGCGGACGACGUCGGCAUUGGGGAAGGUGUGGCAGCAGACAGACGCGGUGGCGGGCCGCACGCACCGGUUAUUGUGGGGACGCUGAGCUAUAGCAUGGCCCAGCUGCUGGCAGACGUCGAGGUCAGAAAGCGGCGGCUGGCACGGCAACGGGAGCAGCGGCAGCAGCUGCAGCAGGCGCAGGCGCAGCAGCAGCAGCAGGAGGCGGCGCCCGGGGGCGCCGCGCCCGGCGACAGUGACGGCGGCGCGGGCCUCUUCGAUGCCAUCGACGGCGCCGCCGCCGAGGAGGUCGCCCCGCCGCGUGCCGCCGCGGACUGCGAAGCUGAGCACGCGGCGGCGACCGAGGAGCUGGCGCGCGUGUUUGACAAGUCCGACUUUGGGCGCAUGGCGCCCGUGGGGCAGUUCAACCUGGGGUUCAUCAUCGGGCGGCUGGGGCGCGACCUCUUCAUCGUAGACCAGCACGCGGCGGAUGAGAAGAGCACCUUUGAGCGGCUGCAGGCGUCCCUGGUGCUGAACAAGCAGCCGCUGCUGCAGCCCAAGCGCCUGCCGAACCUUAACCCCCUGGACUUCCAGGUCAUCCGCGACCACCUGGAGGUAUUCGAGCGCAGCGGCUUCCAAUUCGCCGAGGUCCUGCCCGAUGGCCGCAGCCACCGCCCCCUGCGCGCCGCGGCCGGCGGCGCCGGAGCCGGUCGCACUGAAGGGGACGGCGACCGCGACGGCGGCGCCGGCGGCGGCGGGGGCGGUGACCUGCUGCUGUCUGCGGUGCCUUACAGCAAGGGCGUUCAGUUUGGUGAGGACGAGGUGGCGGAGAUGGUGGAGGCGCUGGCGGCGGGCGAGGGGCGGCGCGAGGCGGUGCGGCCCAACAAGUGA